UUUAAGUUUCUAAACUGACAGUCAGAAAGUGUCACAAAAUGCUUAGAAUCGGGGUACCCUGGAGCAGAGUUUGAUAAUGUUAAUGCCAAUCUGUUGAUGGUGAUCCACAGCAGAAAGCCAAUGCAUGGUCUUCCUCCGUCUCCUCGACGAUCUUUCUCAGUUCCGGCCUUUGGAAACCUGCCUAGUCUUGUAGUUUAAAAGAAACUCAGGAGUUGAAUUGUCAGCGGCUCUGAACCCAGAGCAGAAUGAAUUUGGAAAUUGACAUCAAAUCGCUCAAAGAUCGAGAGAGGGACAAAGUUCUGGAGGUCCUUCAACGUGAUGAAAUGUUACGAAAAGUGGAAGAAGAACGGAUAAGAAAGUUGAAAUCGGAAUAUCAAGAAAUGCGGCGGAAAGGAGCAAAAAGCUGUGGCCGGGAAUACAGCAGCUAUUCCUGUGCUCGGUGCCAGGCUGCCCUGGGACUCCUGUUUAACAAGGGUGUUGAGUGCAGUGUCUGCAGUCACCGAGUGUGCGAUGGAUGCUGCGCCCGCAACUCCAAUAAAGUGGCCCGCUGCAUCGUGUGCCAUGCUCAUGGGCUGGUGAAGGUGAAGUCUGGAGAGUGGUUUAUCGAGGAGAGAGCAAAGAAGUUUCGCCUGGAGCAAGGUGAGCACAAAACAAUAAGCGAGAAGCUUCUGCAGACUUUCCGAACACUGAGUAUUGCUGUGGUACCCCCUACUCCUCCACCUACAGGAUGUCAGCUGGAGGCCAAGCAUUCGAAAGGAUUCACUAGAUCGAUGGAGAAUGUCUUCUGGUCGUUUACAGACCACAUCAGACAAAUCUCCAAAUCUCACGAAGAUGUGGUGAAGAAAACCCACUUACUAUCAGCCAGUUACGUUCCCAGCGACAGUGAGCUGAAGAAAGAGAAGAGUAAGUCGGAUACGGCCCUGACCAGCGUGAGCAAGCUGUCCAUCUCCAGCUCUUUGCAGGGCAUUGACAGGAUGGGCAACGCGGGAGGAGAGAGCUCCCAGACUCAGCAGGAAAGUAGCGGCAACAUCAGCAGCAUCUGCACAGUGUCAGAGACGGUGGACAAGGCUAAUGUUACUGGUGAAAUCGAGUUGUCCAUCCGGUACAACUUUAAGGCCCUGGCGCUGGAGAUAUUCAUCAAAGCAUGCAAAAACCUAGCCCCCGGAGACGGGAAGAAGAGAAACCCGUAUGUGAAGACCUACUUGCUUCCUGACAAAUCUUCUCACAGUAAGUUGAAGAGCUCGGUGAAGAGGAACACAGUGGAUCCAGUUUUUAAUGAAACAUUACAGUACACCAUUGGCCGUCGGCAGGUAGAGACGAGGACACUCCACGUCUCCGUGUGGUACAGCACGACAUUCAAACGGCAGCUGUGUGUGGGCCAGGUGCACGUCCCCUUCGACAGCUGGAGGUUCGAAGACAGUUCCACGCAGUCGUUCCAGUGGUACCAGCUCCAAGGGAAGGUGACGACAGCCCCCGGCCCUGGGUCCAUCUGAGAGGCCGGCAAUGCUUCAUGCACCAAACAACCUACACAUCACAAUGGUGUUGGUAAUGUUUGAUAAUGGAACAUCAUAGAGUGAAACAGCAUGGAAACAGCCC